CAGACGACUCUGGCUAUCGCCGAUCGUUGAUCACUGCGGAUUGUCAAUAUUGUCGAUCUCGGUCGAUCCAUGUACCGGAAUAAACCCGUGAAGGGAUUCAAGUCCCCUCUGACAGCUCUACCACCGACGAACGCCGAGAAAGCUAACGAUGUAGUGACGAACCAGCAAAAAGCAGCAAACGACUCCGCCAAGAAGCCUUUCAGAAGUACCUCGCAGAUUUUGAGCCUGUUCAAGAGAGCGAUUCAGGAAAAUGAUGACAGUGAUCAUAACAUCGAGGCAAAAAAUGACGCGUCGAAUAAAAAAGAUAUUAGCGAUCCGGUCGGUGAGAAGAAAACGUCAACUGUUGCAUCGGGAUCGAAAGUCGUCUUUAAUGUGGUAUAUGGCAAGAUCUCUUCAAAGAAACACAAGAAGUGGGAUGGCGAUGGGUUGCUGGAAGUAGCUGGGAAAAGCGCGGUACUCAAGGAUUUGGACGGUAAUGUUAUUGGAAGAACCACCAUCAAUCCGAGCAGUGCAGUGGAAGGUUUCAGACUGUUUAUAGCGAGUAAAGAAAUUGAAAUAAUAGAUCGGGCAUCUGGAGAACCGUCCAUGUCGAAGGAGCAUUCGGAGGAAACAGCAGAACAGCCAUCGCUGAAAAGAUUUAAAGCAUCCCCCGUGUAUACAUUUGCGUCACCGUUGUCAUCCACGAAAGGAUUGGCGUUGAGUUGCAAACCUUUGGUAAUGCCGUACAUGAAUCCUUCUGCUAUAUGGGUAAGCCACGAGGAUUCGGAGAAAGAGCAGGAAGUGUCGGUUGACUCCUGUUUAGCAGGAACUCUCAGGGAACACCAACGGCACGGCAUUGUCUUCCUUUACGAAUGUUUAAUGGGCGUGAAAGUACCGGACUGUUUUGGUGCAAUUCUGGCUGACGAGAUGGGUCUCGGCAAAACGUUACAGUGCAUCACGCUAAUAUGGACGUUGUUGAAGAAGGGCCCAUAUGGCAGGCCAGUUGUGAGGCGUGCGUUGAUACUAACACCUAGUAGCUUGUGCGACAAUUGGAAGAAGGAGUUCACGAAGUGGUUGGGCUGUCACAGAAUAUCCCCGUACGUUGUGGACGGAAAGAACAAGCCUAAAGACUUCAUCAAGCAGCCGAGAAAUUCGGUGAUGAUUAUCAGCUACGAGAUGUUCAUUAGAUGUCAUGCAGAAGUCAGCGAGAUUGUCUUCGACUUGGUCGUGUGUGACGAAGGCCACAGAUUGAAGAAUAGCAAUAUAAAAGCGUCCAAAUUAUUAUACGAGAUCGACUGCAAAAAGCGAGUUAUCCUGACCGGCACUCCCAUACAAAACGAUCUGAGGGAAUUUUACGCGCUGGUCGACUUCGUCAAUCCCGGCAUCCUCGGCACUCCGAGCGAGUACAGAAGUUAUUACGAGGAUCCCAUUGUCGCUUCUCAGUGUCCUCGUGCGUCCGAUUACGUGCUCAGUCUGGGAAACGAGAGGGCGACGGAACUACACGAGCGCACCAAACGUUUCAUCCUGAGGCGUACGCAGGAGACGAUAAACAAGUAUCUGCCGUGUAAACACGAGGUGGUAUUGUUUUGCUCUCUGUCCAGCGAACAGGAAGAGCUGUACUCCUUCGUCACCGGCGCCUGGUUCGACAGAAUCUUCACACAGGACAAAAGCGUCACGCACUUAACUGUCAUCACGGCGCUUAAGAAGAUCUGCAAUCAUCCGAAUCUGUUCUUCACGAGCGAUAGAGAGAGCGUGCUGCACGAUGCGUUCUCGAAGAAGGCGAUAACGCAAACGAGCCAGGACGAGAAUUUCACCAGGUACUGCGGCAAGAUCACAAUAGUACAGACGCUGAUGAGGAACUUGAAGAAGACCGACGAGAAGUUGGUUCUGGUUUCCUAUUACACGCAAACGCUCGAUCUCCUUAAGACUGUGUGCAGUAAGGAAGGUCUGAAGUACUUGAGACUGGACGGUACCACUUCGACCGCCGCACGGCCGAAAAUUAUCGAACAAUUCAACACGAAAGCCGAUGACAGCAAAGUCUUCCUGCUAAGCGCGAAGGCAGGCGGGGUUGGCCUAAACUUGCCGGGGGCCUCUAGGCUUGUGUUAUUCGAUUCCGACUGGAAUCCCGCGUCCGACGUGCAGGCUAUGGCAAGAAUCUGGAGAGAUGGGCAGAAGAGAGACGUUUAUAUUUACAGAUUGCUAACGACAGGUACGAUAGAAGAAAAGAUUUACCAAAGACAAAUCAGCAAAGCUGGCCUGAGUGAAUCUGUGGUGGAUCCGAACCAUCUUGGAUCUUUGAAGUUAUCCACUGAGGAACUGAAGGAUUUGUUCACACUAACAACCGACACGGCUUCUUUAACGCAUGAUUUAAUGGAUUGCUCUUGCUCCGGCAAGAACAACGAGCAUAUAUCUUCUGAGAGGUCUAAGACGGACAGUAAUGAGACGCGCGAUUGCCAGUUUGUACUGCAGGAUAAACCAUCUCAGCAAAACUUGACUAUAAAUCAAUUGCUAGAUUGGCAGCAUUACAAGCAGCCGAUUCCACCCGACAUCACACAGGCCAUUUUGUUAACUGAAGUUUGCGAUCACAUAACUUUUAUACUUAAAAAUUCCACAAGGUAACAAACAUUUAAGUAAAAAUUUAUA